AUGUCACUGGUGCACUGGGCAGGUGCUGCGAGUCUAGCUGGUGGUACGAGCCACCUGGCAUUCUUCAUCCGGGGCGAAUGGGAUGGAGCUAGCUCGACCUUAGCAGCCUACUACAUGGCAACAGAGGCCCUUGUGCUGGUGAUCAUAUCCAGACAGCUGGAGCUUGGGACCUGGGACAUACUUUCUCGUUUCUUUGCCUUGAACUUCGGUUAUUUUCUCGGGCUCUUCAGCAGCAUACUUAUCUACCGUGCAUUCUUCCAUCCGCUGCGCAGCUUCCCAGGUCCGCCACUGGCGAAGCUGAGUACUUUAUGGUCCAUUAAGGAGACGGUUCCCGACUUCAGAUUCCAUGUUACGGUUGACGAGGCGCAUCGGAGUUAUGGGGAUUUUGUACGCAUCCGCCCGCGUGAGAUAUCUAUCAACAAUGUUGAUGCUAUACGUGACAUUCAUGGCACGGGCUCUGUUUGUACUAAGGGCCCUUGGUAUGAUGGUUCACUUCCCGCGCAGUCGCUCCAUUCGACUCGUGAUAAGGUAUGGCACGCUCAACGGAGGAAGGUAUGGGAUCGGGGCUUCACCACCACGGCUCUUGGUCACUACCACCCUCGAAUCCGCGAGCAUUGUCAUGAUCUUGUUACACAGAUGUCUAAGCGAGUCGGAACCCCUGUCAACGUUUCGCUAUGGAUGACCUACUUUGGAUUCGAUGUUAUUAGUGAUCUCACGUUUGGAAAAUCAUUCGACAUGCUGAAGUAUGGCACAAGCGCCCCCAUCUUGGACCUAUAUAUCAAGUCUUUACCCAGACCUGCCAUCAGGCGCUGUGUACCCUGGUUAUUCGGACUUGUUCCUAGGCCACCUAGAACUGGCAGGAGUCGGAAUCGAAUGGGGUCUUCUGAAUGGUUUUCCACCCUCCUCCAGGGCAGGAGAGAAAUGGAUCAAUCACGAGUCGACCUUUUUACAUACAUCUUCAGCGACGGCGUCGAAGGUGCAAACAUCGUUCAGCUCCCGGAAGCCGACUUCCUUCGUGACACUCAGUUGGCCAUAAUCGCAGGCAGUGACACAACUUCCACCACCCUAGCCGCCGUGCUAUACCUUUUAGCCAAGAACCGGGACCAACAAAGGCUUCUACAAGAAGAACUUGAUUCUCUGGCCGAACAAUCUCGCGGGGAGGAAUUGUCUCAUAAGAUGCUUUUAGAAGCACAGUUCCUGAACAGCUGCAUCAAUGAGGCUCUGCGUCUCUAUCCAGUCAUUCCAGGUGGAGCAAAUCUCGCGGGCAGAUACAUACCAGGGGAUACGAUCGUCUCAACUCCAACUUAUUCAUUGCAUAGGGACACUCGCUACUUUCCCAAACCAUCAUCCUUCAUACCAUCCCGCUGGUCCUCAUCACCCGAGCUCGUCACUUGCAAAGGCGCCUUCUACCCGUUCCUAACCGGUCCGUACUCCUGUGCUGGCAGGAACCUCGCCUACCUCGAGAUCCGCAUGGUCCUCUGCUCUCUACUCUCGGAAUUCUCACUUCGGUUUCCGGACGGCACCCCUUACGAGGACAUGGCUACCUUGUUUGAUGCUAAGGGUGGGUUUCGGGAUUACUUCACAGCCCAUGCACCGGACCUCAAUUUGGUCUUUGAACCACGGCAAUAA